AUGGGUGGAGCUCCUGUUACCCCUCCAUCGUCAUCUCGAACCCCUCUUUCCCAAGCCCAUCAACCCCAGACCAUUUCCCCUAAUAUCAAGCUUCAGACUCCGCUUUCGAGGCGUGGAAAGGGCCCGGGUUUGGUGCUGGUGGUGGAUUAUCAGUCGUUGGUUGAGAAGCAAGAGGGCCUUUUGGAUCCGCCGCCGCUGCAGAAAUGGGCUGAGGAGGGGUACGCGGUUGCGCAGAUUCUGGUCCCUGGCAAGGUUGAGGAUGGUGGUGAGUUUCCACUGCAAAGGGCGCUAGAUGCGCUCAAGGAGUGCGAGGGAUGCGAGUUUGAGAAUGGAGUUGGUUUGAUUUCAUACAUCUCCCGGACACCUUACUAUGUCGACGAAAUCGCUUGUCAAAACCCCAACAUCAAGGCCCUCGUUUCCUACGGCGGCAGCAGAUUCUCAACUCUCAGCUCAACAAUCCUCCCACCACAGCUCGUUCACAUAGCCGGAAUCCCAGACACGACAGGUCGUGUUCCAACUUCGCUGUUCCCGGAUUCUGAAGGUGUACAGGCCACGGAAGGUAUCGUCAAGACCUAUCGCUACGAGGACUUGAAGAGAGAGUGCGGCUGGAUCCUUCCAGGAAACAAGGACUAUGAUAAGAGAAAUGCGAGCAUUGCGCAUACGAGAAGUCUGACGUUCCUGAAGCCUCUGUUGGGUGGACCGUUUUUCGAUCUGGAAGCGGUAUGGGAAGAGCAUACCAAGUAUGAGUUUGGGGAGAGGGAUGUGGAGAAGACUAUGGCUACGAUGGUGGAUCAGCCGUAUGUGAAUCACAUACCAACCAUGACCGGCGGAGUUGGUGGGGAGCGAUUAACAGCAUUUUACACGCACCACUUCAUCUUCAGCAACCCGCCCGAUACCUCUCUUUCCCUCGUCUCGCGGACCGUGGGCAUAGACCGUGUAAUCGACGAGUUUGUAUUUACCCUCACUCACACAAAGGAAGUUCCUUGGCUCCUCCCUGGUAUUCCGCCUACUGGAAAGCCGCUUGCCAUUCCCUUUACCUCCAUAGUCGCUAUGCGUGGUGAUCGGCUGUGCCAUGAGCAUAUUAGCUGGGACCAUGCGACGGCGUUGAAACAGUGUGGGUUAUUGCCAGAGUAUGUCCCUUUCCCGUAUGAGAUUAACGGGAAGUCACCUCCAGAAAGGAAAAGGUUCGAGAUACAAUUGCCUGUUGUGGGCAUCGAGGGUAGUAGGAAAUUGGUGGAUGAGAGCUGCGAGGAGAGCAAUAAGUUAAUGGGGGGCCAAUGGAGGGUGGUUGAUGAUGUAUGA